CACCUGGCAAUUCCUUCUUCCUUCUUUCAUACAGCAUAUUUCAUACGUUCAAUAUACGUCGUGGAAAGGUGCUUGGAGAGUAAACGUAUUCUAGACAGUUGUAGGAGGCUGUCUAUCUAAGUGUAUCGUACCCGAGACACAACAAGGAUAAUGGCAUGGAUGAUGGGCAAAUGAAAGAAGACUGCGGUUCGCAGGGUACAUCUUCCAGUCUGCUCAGAGUCAGCGGCAAGGUAUUACAUGCCAACAUAGGAAUACAGGGACCCCCUCGGCCCACUCGACCAGAGCCACAUUCACAUCUGGCGUGGUUUAUUAAUAAACGCAUCUCGAAAAAAAA